AUGGAGUCAUGUAUCAAACUGCACGACCUGUACAUGCUUGUGGGCGACCUGAAGAGACUGAAACGUACAGGGUGGGUGUUAUGUGGAGUAGGUGAUGGGUAUCCAGAGAGUGUUGCGGAUCACAUGUACAGAAUGGGGUUCAUGGCCAUGACGCUUCCUCUGAAGGACUUCGAAGAUAGUGCCGGGCUGGAGGGAGACAGGGUUGUGAAGUUGUGUUUAGUGCAUGAUGUCGCAGAAGCAAUUGUUGGUGAUUUGAUAGUUGGAAGGGACGGAGUGACCAAAAAGAACAAGCACCAGCUAGAGUCCGAUGCAAUUGAGAAAAUGAAAACCGACCUCGACCCUCACACUGCGAAAAUGUUCCAAGACCUCUGGCUUGAAUACGAAAACCAAACUUCGUCAGAAGCGGAGCUAGCAAAAGAUCUGGACAAAUACGAUAUGAUCUUACAAGCUCAUGAUUACGAAAUAAGAGAUAAGUGUCCUGGAAAAUUACAGCAGUUUUUUGACAGUACGGAAGGUUCCUUCAAAUACACUUGUGUAAAAAAUCUUGUGCAAGUACUUUACGAUAAACGAAAAAAAUGGAUAGAAUCUUCAGAAGCUGUCCAGUCGUGA